AUGAGAAAAGUGAUUCACAGUGUCAAGGUGGGGAUUGCCUUGGUAUUGGUCUCGCUGCUGUAUCUGCUGGAUCCGCUGUUCACUGAAGUUGGAGAAAAUGCAAUGUGGGCUAUCAUGACCGUCGUGGUUGUCUUCGAGUUCUCUGCAGGAGCUACGCUAAGCAAAGGCAUAAACCGUGCAAUCGGUACCAUAUUAGGCGGUGGAUUGGGGUGCUUGGCUGCAAUGUUGGCUGACGAGUUCGGAGGGAUCGGCAACGCAAUCGUUGUUGGCGCUUCGGUUUUUAUCGUCGGAGCGGCCGCAACGUAUUCGAGGUUGGUUCCAAGAAUUAAAAGGAGAUAUGACUAUGGCGUCUUGAUCUUCAUCCUCACCUUCAAUCUGGUAGCUGUGUCGGGGGUACGGGCCGACAAAGUGAUCAGGUUAGCCAAGCAGCGUCUGUCAACCAUUGGCAUGGGUUUUGCUGUCUGCAUUUUCACCAACUUGCUUAUUUUUCCAAUUUGGGCUGGUGAUGAGCUUCAUCGUUCUACAGCAGCUAAAUUCGACAAACUCGCACGUUGCCUUGAAGGAUGUUUGGAGGAGGAACCCAACAACAAAGCAGAAAAUCUGGGCGCCAAGGUCAAGGACUGCAAGUCAGUGUUCCACUCCAAGUCCACCGAUGAAUCACUGGCCAAUUUUGCUAAAUGGGAGCCCUGGCAUGGGAAAUUUGGAUUGUCUCAUCCAUGGGACAAGUAUCUGGAGAUUGGAGAGGUCCUGAGGGAGCUCGCCGCCUUAAUCCUUUCGCUCGGAGUGUGCGUUCAGUCAUCCAGACAGGCUGCAGCAAACCAAAGACGCGCAAUCAGAGAACCGUGCGAAAUCAUAGGGUUGUCUCUUGCAUGGAUAUUGAGAGAGCUGGGUGAGAGCAUCUUCAACAUGACAAGGUGCCGAGCCAAGGCUUUGAUAGCACCAAAGCUGGAGUUCAUUAAACAAGAACUAAGCCGGUUGGGCUCUUCUCUACAAAUCAAAGGACUAGAAAAAGAUGAAAAUCUUGCGAUGGCAACCCUCACUUUCCUCUUAAUGCAGAUUUCAGAAAAUGUGGAAGUAAUAGCGCAAGAGGUGGAAAAACUGGGACAGCUUGCUUAUUUUAGGACCAAGAACCCAGAUGUUUAA